AUGCAUCUCUCCAAGUCUCUUACAUUCGUCGUCUUUCUCACAAGCUUUGCCGAUUCCCAUCCUCAAACCGACAUGUCCAAAAGGGAUCUCAUUAAUCCCGACGACCCUUAUCUUUCGAAGGAUCAGCAAUGCACCUAUAAGGCAGAGUUCUCCGCCAUUUACAAGUUCAAUGUCGUCAUCAACGACGCUAAGGCAUUUACGAAGUACUAUUGUGGCCAUGGAUUCCUCGACAACAUGCAUGGAGAGGCCUGCACGGUCACAAACUGGGGGUGUAACUACGAUGGCGACAGCAUGAACGCAAAUUUCCAGACUGAUCUCGGGUGCGACCCAGGAGACAUUGAAAGCGCAAUCUCUAAAGCCUUCGGUGGGAAAUUCGUGCACUGCAACGAGUAUUUUCAUUUCUAA